UUACACGCGAUGCAUUGUGGGUCGCACACGCGCAAAGCGUGUUAGGUGACUGCUUGCAAACCAACAUGGCUGCCGUUUGGUGUCAACUAUGAGAUGUUGUGCUGCAUGAUAUUGGUUUCCUUGUACAAGAGAAAAAUGGCUGGAACAGCCAUUAAACUUUCAAGAGUGUAAUUCAGGGAAUUAAUCAGCUUCCUAUGGCACAGCUGACUUGCCAAAUAAUUGGACUGAAUGAAAGACCUGUUAGCAGAAGAAUGAGUUUUGAAAGCAAUGAUACCAUUUCUCUUAUACAUCAUGAUAGUUUGGAACAUCAAGAAUCACCGCACAUGGAAAAUCACGGUUGUUCAGGUGAUGAAGAUGGAAACAGUAGUGAAAAUCAUAGUAGAAGCACCCCGCUUUUUGAUGCAGGGUGUGUGGAACCACGUGCAAAGAAACGGCGAAAACAAAGCAAUCCAGUUCGAUAUCAGACUACUUCAAUUAUGCCAAUGUUAGAUAGUGAAGAAGGAGAAGAUGUAAUAGGAGAAAAGGAAAGUAUGCUUGACUUGGAAACAAGAGAGGAUAAAACAAUCAGAGACCAAGAGGAUAUUUAUCAGUGCCCACAUUGUAGUGUUACAUUUGAAAUUGAGAAUCUUCUUCAAUUUCAUAUAGAAGAAGAACAUGUGCAAAAACUAUUGGACAAGCAGCUUCAGCAACAGCAGUCAUACAACAAAUCUACCUCAGGUCAUGGCAGGGAAGGAAACAGUAAUGAAAUAGCCAAAACUUUUGCCUCAUCAAAACUUAGUGAUACUGUAGCACAAUCUUAUUUAGGAAAACAAACAACAAAUAGUCCAUUGGAUACUUUAUCUCAGGAAAAUAGGGACACUAAAAAUCAAACAAUGCCAUUUCCAACUAUGCCACCAUUAAUUCCAUUCAGUCAAAGCAAUGAAAAUAAAUCAGGUAAUCUUUCUGUUCCACUCUCAAUGUUUCCUGGUCCAAUACCACCAUUUCUCUUUCCAGUCAUUCCUCAAGGUCAAAACUCCUCUCUAUCAAAUGGUGGUUCUCAUCAAAAUCAAGGUGUUAGGAUUUUUAAUCUAGAAGCUUAUUGUGAAUUAUGCAACAAAGAAUUCUGUAAUAAAUACUUUUUAAAGACCCACAAAGCAAAUAAACAUGGCAUUUAUUCAGUUGAAUCAAUUGUAAGCACUCCAUUUUCAGGAACAUAUACUCCUACAGUGUCAGGAAAUACAUUUUCUGUUCCUCAAACAAUGCAAACUUCCCCUUCAGAAAGUUCUUCAACUACAAAACAACAAGGUUUAAUUAAUGUAGAAUCAUACUGUGAAAUAUGUCAAAAAGAGUUUUGUAAUAAGUAUUUCCUUAAAAAACAUAAACAAAAAAGUCAUGGUCUCAUUGAUAACACCCAGAGUGCUUCCCCAAGUCAUACUCCAGCUACUAGUGAAUCUAAAAUAAAUUCUCCUAUUUCUAUAGCAAAUUCACCACCUUCAACAAGUAUGAAUGAACAAACAAUAGGAUCUAUCCAAGAAGAACCUCAGGACUUAUCAAAAAUUGAAUUUCCAUCUCUUUAUAAUUCCCAGUCACAACAAAACAUUCCUGUAACAAAUGGAAUUGUGUCAACUGCCUCUUCCAUGAUUAAUCAUCCCAUAUCUAUUAGCACAUCAGCUCAAGAAGGACUAUGUAUUUCACAUACUUUUACAGGAAGUCCUGUUUUUACACCAGAUAAAUUGCGUGAAAUGGGAGUUAUCAAUGCAGAUGCAUUUUGUGAGAUCUGUUGUAAAGAGUUUUGCAAUAAGUACUUCUUGCGAACUCACAAAAUCAAUAAGCAUGGAUUAAGUGCAACUGAAACAUCCACGUCUCCACUUCAUAGUCAGAGUCAUAUGUCUACCUCAUGUCUGAUGCAGUCUUCACAGUUCUAUAGCUCUUUUGAUAAAAAUGAUGAAAACUCAUGUCCUAAAUCUGUAGAUGAAACUCAGAAAGACAUGCAGUUUUCACAAAGAAGUCAAUAUGAUUCAGAUGUAACAACAGAUCUGUCAUGUGAGAUUUGUAACAGACCCUUCUCCAGUCUCUACCUCUUAAAAAUGCACAAGUUUUACACUCAUAACAUCCCAUAUAUAAAGGAAGAAGAAAGGUCCAAGCCAACUUCUCCAGCACAAAACAAUGCAAAUAUAGAAGGGAAAGAGAGCGGUGAAGUGACUGCUAAAUCUCAAAUGUAUGAAAGUAUUGGCUGUAAUUUAACAGAUACAGCUAGCCAAGAUCUGCAGAAGCUUCAGACAAUGAUUACAGAACUGAAUGCUGUCACAGGAUCCGAAAGUACAAAAUUAUUAUGUAGCUUGUGCCAUUUAGAAUUUGAAAAUAAAUAUUUCUUAAGAGCACAUAUGAUGAAUGAGCAUGGAGUACUUCCUAAUGAAGAUGGUCAGGCAGGAAACAACAUGGAAAUUGCUUCCAGCAUUCAGCGAUCUUUGGAAGGCGUUCUUGACUUACAAAAGACUACAACCUCAGCUCCAGUUAUUGAUUCAGAAGCUUAUUGUGAAAUUUGUCAAAAAGAGUUUUGCAGCAAGUAUUUUUUGAAAACUCAUAAGCAGAACAUUCACGGAAUAUUACCAGAAGCCAGUCCAACACCAAAGAAACAAUCAGGUCCAGAAACAGCAGUUGAACUUUCAAAUCCAGUCAAAUUAUGUGCAACCAACAAUUUACCUCCUGCAACUCCAGAAAAACCACGCAAUGUUACAGGUCGUAAUUAUUGUAACAUCUGUAAUAAGGAACUUUGUAAUAAAUAUUUCAUGAAAACACAUAUGUUAAAAAUGCAUGGAAUAAACUUAGACAGUCAACCAAAUGAAGCAGCCCGCAGCAGCACUAUUGGAGGAGUUACUUGUGAUAUUUGUCAAAAGGAACUUUGUAGCAAAUAUUUCUUGAAAGUACACAAGCAAAAUACUCACGGCAUAUAUGAAGAACCAUCUCCAGUAAAAGAUUCGCCCAGUUUUGUUGCAUUUAAUAAUGAUAAGGAAUUUUCCAGUUCUGGUGAUCUUAAUGAUCCCACUAAUCGCUACUUCAGCAAUUAUUCAGAAGUUUGUCCACUCUGUGAUCGUCGUUUUAAAAGUGUUAAGUGGUUAAAAGCCCACAUGCUAAAUGAUCAUACAGGAAUGAUGAAAGAUAAUCAAUUUCCCACCCAAGUGGAAAAUACCAAUAUGGAUUCUAAUAAUGAACUUUGCAUGAUAUGUGGUCAAAACUUUCCUGACAAGAUAGCCUUACAAGUUCACCUGAUCAAGGAUCAUCGUACUACAAAUGAAGAUAUAGGAAUCACAAAUAACUCAGGGAUGAAUACAACAUCAGAUUCCUCAACAACAGCAGUCCAAGAUCAGGCAAGAACAAAUGGUAGUACAUCACCAGGAAGUUCUUCUUCUUCUGUCCAAGUAAUACAGUCCAGAUUACCAAUUAAACUGUCAGGUAUUGGUGGUAAUAGAAUUUAUCACUGUUCAUUCUGUAUUUAUUCUACUCGAUGGCUGUCCAAUUUGUACGCACAUGAAAAGAGACAUACUGGUGUUAAUACUGAAGGCGAAAAGAGGUUUGUUUGUCGUAUAUGUCAUCGUGCAUAUCGUUACAAUCACUCUCUUCAACGCCACUUUUUAAAUCAUAGGGCUGCGGGAUUUUCGUUUAAAGAUAUAUCGCACUCUUCAUUAUCAUCAUCACAUCACCAGAAGCGUGCACAGUCUCUAGGCCAACAAUGGGAUUCUUCCAGGUCAGCCACAGCAAUGGGAAAAUCACAAGAUGAUAUGCAACAUUCAACAAAAGUUAAAAGAUAUCGCUGCAGUAAGUGUAAUAAAAAAUUUCGCACCAGGGAGAUGUGUUUGGCUCAUAUUCACAAUGUUCACAGUGGAAGAAGAAGUAUAAUAAAUCAACAAAAACAUGUGAAGAUCUUCCGAUGUCGUUUAUGUGGGUUUGCUACAAAAGUUUGGAGUAUUUUGAAGUUACAUAUCAAACAGCAUCAAGGGGCCACAGAUGUAGCUAAAGAUGUCCAACAAGAAAGUGAUGCUUCUGCCAGUUCACCUUCAACACCAAAUAACAUGCAAGUUGUUCCAAAACUCUUCCCAUCUCCAGGAAGACUUGGGUGUCCAUCCAAUUUUCCUUCUUCCACCAAUAGUUCUCAAUUUCCUAUGACAUUUGCCAUGCCACAGAAUCCACCUGCUGCCGGUUCCUUUAUCAUGCAGCCUUUCCUACUUGCCCAGCCAGAAUCUGAUGGAGUGGCCAAAAAUGGCACAUUCGUACCCUCACUGGUAUAUCUACCUGUAUGCCAGAAGGUGCUCCAUCCUGUGACUCUACCUUUUACAUUGACACCAGCAUGAGCAUCUAUUAUUGCCUCUCUACCUCAGUGAUGCCUAACUUUGUCAAGAUGACAUUGUAUACAAAGUAUAGGUUUGGUGGAAAUCAUUACAUCAAAAGUAAUCAAAACGUAUAGAAGCCUGCUGUCGUUUUUAUUUCAUUGUUGUUCUUAACUUUUCUUAGAGAUUUUAAAAGAUUUAAUGGUAAAUGAUGAAAUCAAAAUGCACUUGUGAUUAGAAGUUUCAUUAAGCUUUAUCCAUUAGAGAUGACAAUAAUCUGAUGUAUCAAGUCAUAUCACAAGUGGAACAUUAUUUUACAUGAGGAAGAAAGUGGAAGAUUUGUUUGAUACUUUUAUGCUCCUUGAUAUUAUUGAAAUUUAGAUAUCAAAUGCAGAAUCCGGAAUUAUCGUCCAUUUUACAUAAAAUAUUUAAUAGAAGAAAAGCAAAAGUUAGAUAUCAGAAGCUGUUAAUUACAGAUAAAUUCUGAAUAAGGCACCAGAGGAAUUGUAGGUGAUUGUGUGUGUGUUUGUGUGUAUGUGUUCCCCCCAUUAUAUCUGCUAAGUAACAGGUGAGCAGUUUUUGCAAGUUUACAUCGUGAGCCAUGACUUCCACUAACUGUCCUCAUUCAACUCAGGGUCUUUUUAUAACAAAAUACAUAAAAUAGUAAUAUAACCGAUGAGGAGGAAGGAAGAUCCUGCUAAUGAGGCUAGGAAGAGGAUCGUCCUUAAUUCUUACUUUUUGUUUGUUUUUAUUAUUAUUAAUUUUUUGUUACCACAAAAAAAUGUGGUAGCUGAAGAAGUUGAUGCAAUAUGGACAGAAAGAAGAAAACAGUAAUUAUCAUUAUUAUAUGCUGUUGGCAUGAUAAUUUGUAAAACAAUCCUCUCUCUUUAAAAAGAAC